GGUUAGAAGCGGAGAAAAAGUCCAAAUUGGUUGGGCCAUGAUUCUUUUAUAGGCGCCAUAGAGAAAAACUAGAGCUUCACAGCCAGCCUGAACUUCCGGUGGCGCCUCAGAAGGUUCGCAGGCUUAGGUCGGUUUAUCGCCGGUGUGGGGCGAAGGUCUUGUGGGGUCUCCCGUGGCAUCCUGUCGGUCGCUGGCGAGGCCUCUCGUGACCGGGAGAAGGGGCGACUAAAAGCAGGAAGACGGGAAGUGACCAGGAGAAAUGGAUUCUGACUUGCUUCACGUUCGCCAAAUAGUACAAGAAGCAGUUGGCACCUUAUUGUGUUCCAGAGAUGCUGCCCAGAUCUCUAAGACUUUGUGGACAAUUAGGAGUUACCUGGGUGGAACUGAAAAUCCACUCUCUGUGAGAGAGAAGGAAGAAUUCAUUCGCAAUCAUUUUACUACCUUUCUCCAGUGUCUUAUCAGUAAAUUGAGUCCUGAUUGGCUGGAGCAAAUCCAAUCAGACAAGGAGUUGUGGGUUUGCUUUUUCUUGGAAGGACCAGCAGACCAAUCGUUUAUGGUUCUUUUGGACACCAUAAUUUCUACAGAACCCAGUUUUCGUCUGAACAAAGUCGUUGAUGUCCUGGAGCAAUUCCUGCAGAGAAGUGGACUGUCUGCGUUGAUGUGGGAGAUCUGCAAGCAGCAAACACAAGCUGACUGCCUGGCACUACAGGAAGCCAUCCUCAACAAGGUGGCUUGCCUCCCUGAUCACUUAGGCAACAAGCUCCAGGGAGAAAACCGGCCAGUCUUCUUUCCUCAAAACUAUUUUCCGCUCCUUGGUGUGGAGAUUGUCCAGGUGCUGGAGAGGAUCUUUGAUUCAUUGAGAGGCGGCUUGGAUUGUUCGAUCUCCUUUGUGUCUCAGGUGUUGGGGAAGGUGUGCGUGCACGGAAGACGAAAAGAAAUCUUGAAUGCGUUGGUGCCCCACCUAACAGAUCGAACCCAGUCUGAUUGCAUUUGGCAGAGGAUAUGCUGGCGACUGUUGGAGAGUGUCCCAGAUCGCUGGAUAGAAGCAGUGAUCUGUGGCUUUGUUCAGGCAGCAACAGGGCCUGCUGUGUUGUCACAAUUGUUGGGAAAUUUGGUUGUCAAAAGCAAGAAGGCUCAAUUUGUGAUGACCCAGAAAAUGCUGCUGCUUCAGUAUAGCUAUCCGACUGUGGUGCUGCAGAACCUCCUUGGAUACCUGGCCCUGGAUAGCAUGGGGCGUUCCUUUCUGACUAAGGUUUUGAAAGAGCUGCUGGAGACCUGGGGAAGCAGCACUGCUGUGAAGCACUCCCCUGCGGAGCAGCAGCUAUACAUCAGCAAGGCCAUUCUCAUCUGCCUCUCGCAUCUGAAAGAAGCAGAAAUAAUGGGUGACAGGCAAGAGCUGCUCACAAGCAUGAUGGAAGGGAUGAAGUGCCAUCUGGACAGCAACUUGCCACGGAUCCGUCAUAUGGGGAUGGUUGUGGCAGAGUGUGUCAGUGCCAGGGUAACACCUGAAGGGCCUGCCUUGAAAUUUCAGUAUGAAGAAGAUGAUGAGAUCAGAGAACUAAAGAGCUUGCUGAUUCAGAGACCUGAGCAGAUGCCUGUCAGUGAUCCUCCAAGUUCUGGGAACAGUAGACUAGCCAUUACACCGAAUGCUGUUCUGAAACCCAGUGUGAAACCACACCCAGGUGCCUCUGAAGGACUGGAUCAGGGGGGUGACUCUGAGCUGGAUAGUGAUGAUGACCUUGUUCCAUAUGACAUGUCAGAGGACAAAGAACUGAAGAAGAUCAAGGCUCCCACCUACAUCCGAGACUGUAUUGAAAUCCUGACUGGGCCUGAAGAUCCAGACAAGUAUGAAGCCACAAUGAGCAUCCUGGAGAGUUUGAUCCGAAGGAAUGCAGCAGCUGCGCAAGAAGUGAGUGUGGAAGUGGCAAAAGUACUGCUGCAUCUGGAAGAGAAGAGCUACAUAGAAGGCUUUGUGGGGCUUCGGCAAAGCGCUUUGGUGGCCAUUGCUGUCACAGACCCAAUCCCAGUGGCCCAGUAUCUGACCUCUGAGUUCUACUCCCUGAACUACAGUCUCCGCCAGCGCAUGGACAUCCUGGAUGUCCUGGCCAUGGCAGCCCAGGAACUCUCUCGACCCUUUUCUCCUAAACCAAAACAGCUUCCGAGUCCAAAACAUCCCAGCAUCCAGAUCCUGUCGAGCAACACAUCUUCUCCGGAUUGGCAAAAAGUGGUGGAUGAAAGGAUCAAAAGCAAGACUCGAAGGUUUGCAAAGGGCCACUCUCAACCAGAGCCACCAUCUGCCCCCAACAGAUUUGGUCCAGUUGCCGGUCAUUUCUUCUUUCCGCUGCUUCAGAACUUUGACAGGCCACUGACCACCUUUGACCUUUUGGGAGAUGAUCACCUGGUACUGGGACGGAUGACACACACCUUGGCUAUUCUAAUGUAUUUCGCUGUUAACACUGUGGUUGCGGCUGCAAUGGGGAAGGCACUGCUCGACUUUGUCUGGACCCUGCGCUUCCACACAGACACGUAUGUGCGCCAGGGUCUUUUGUCCUCUGUCUCUUCCACGCUCCUGAGUAUCUCAGCUGAGUGCCUUCUGGAGGAGAUGACGGAGGAGCUUUUAGAGACCCAGGCCUGGCUGGCAGAUGUUGCAGAAAAGGACCCAGAUGGCAACUGCAGAAGUUUGGCGCUGCAAAAUCUGCUAUUGAUGGAAAGCCUGAAGAAGAAAAAACUUGAACGGUUCUAGCAAAGGAGGGCUUGACAAUGGCGAUGCCCUUUAUCUCCUCUGUCCCGCUGGUAGGUCAGAAUCUGCCCAUCACUGCUUGGAGGAAAGGAAAGGAAGAUAUUGGGGUGCAAGCCAGAGAAUGUGGCUUGACAGAGGCCAGCUGCGUAUGCAGUUGCUAUUGGUCUACAGGGAGUGUGUUGCAUCUUUUCUAGUGCUGCAUUUAUGCGUACAUAGACUCAUACAGCUCCUGCCCUGGCAACCAAGAGUAAAGUCUGUUUGCCCAGAGGGCUUAAGCUAGGUUAAAACGAGUGGCUUGCAACAAUUUGUUUGUGGGCUUUCUUUGACAGACUGCUGUAGAAUAUAAUGGUUCUACAACUAUCAAACCACACUAGAGAUGCUCUCUCUGUAGAAGAAGAAUGCUAAUUUUUUAAAUUACACUCUGCAGUGUAGACGGUAUACAUGAAACAGCACCAUUUUUAAAGGUGCUGCUCAAUAGUGAAGCAAGGGACAUUUGUUCUUGGAUACUUCUCUGAGUAUCUUCACAGUGGGUGAACAUUGGUGAAGCCAGGGCCCAUGAUGUCAAUGUAAAAAAUUACAGUCUUGCUAUAGGCAUAACUUUUAUUCCUGAACUCUUCCAACUUAAUUUUAGCAUUUGGCUUAGUGUUAGGAAAGCCGUCCAAUACCAGGCAAUCUAGCUUCAGGACAUUCAGAUGAUUCUACCAGGGUAGCAUGUGUACAGUAUAGAGCACGAAAUAUGACAGCUCAGCGUAAAUUGCCCUUUAGCUUCAGAGGAGCAACUCUAGGCCAGUUCCUAGAAGCUGUGCAUGAUCACUCUCAUCUGAGCUGAGGAUAGAGAGCAGAUUCUUUCUGUCUUUGGGUCCCUUUUGGGUAUCGUGGGUUAGCUUCUGAUGAGCUUUGUGCAGGACUGCAGUUGCUAACAGCCACACAGCAGGACUCAAUGUCUGAGCAGGUCCAGUAAAAUUACUUGAAAGUACUGUGGAAGAUGUUCUAACUGUGAACUGGUGUACAGGUCAUGUGACUCAUCUGCCAUGAGCAGAAGAUGUGAUCUCCCAUGACACCCUUCAACACACACUACUUGUGCUAAAUGAAUUUGAUGACCCAUUCUCUACAAAGUGACCAAGGGAGAAGGGGAGAAAGGAAGCCAUUCUUAUACUCUGCUGUAGUAAUGUAAUUACUUUGGCUUUUUAGACUAUGUAUAACGAUGCCUUCAUCAAAAUCUAUCUUUGCCAAAACCAUCCUGCUGUCUCAUCUUUUAUGGUGUAUAAAAUUGCUUAAUACUAAAAUAGCUGAACAUGGAUUUUUUUUUAAAAAAAACAAUUGCUAUCUAAAACCAUAUGUAUCUAUCCACGUCUUAAGUUGCUAAGAGAUGCACAAAACCUUAGCAUUUUGUCUUGUGCAUUCAAACCAUAACAAACAUCUUGGGGGGGGGGAAAACCAAGCAAACAAUAUAGAUCAAAAGCUGGCUUUACAGCUAGCGUCUUUUCCCCUAGUAAAAUGAGGCAAGGGAAUCCUCUAGCCUUCUUCUAGAAGUACAGGAACAGAAGUUACCAUCUGACAGAGUCCCAGCUGGGACUUCAGUUAGGAAGCCUCCACUUCAUCUGCCACUUCCUCUUCCACACCUUUGUCCUCUAUGCUGUUGUGGCGAACUCUCUCUGGGGCAGGGUUUCGGCUCAGAGGAAUGCCCAGGCCUCUGUGAACUGCCUCCACAGUCUGUUGGCUCACAUAGUAAUUGAGGUUUACACAGGGAAUUUUCCCCCGCAAUUCCUCUAGGUAGCGAUAGGCCUAGGGAGAACAAAAGCAUGUCAUAGUCGAAGGCUGCUCUACGAGUCCCAGUUGAACAGAACAGAAAAAUGAACCCAAAGAUCUACCUCAGGAGGCUGUGGCCCUGAUGAGCUAUUUCAAACUCUGACUUUAACCCAUGGCUUGCUUACAGUGGAAUAGAACAAUCAUAACAAUUAUAUGAAGAGUUGUUGGGAAACCAUAUCCACCGGUUUUCAGUAUUUGACAAAGGAGCUUCCCAAUAGCUAUGCAAAGGGUGGUGAGAUGCUGCGUCUCCUUUAGCUGUAAGAGUGCAUUUCCAGGCUACAUAAUCUAUAGGACUCCUAUUCUUUCCUGUUAAAAUGGCUAGAAUUAGCAUUAAGAGGCUGAAAGCCAAGAGACAGAACUUAGACAUUCAAAACGUUACUACUGUAAUUUCAUCCUGUGCGAGACUCACUGAAAAGAGGCUAAAAGGCUGACUUUAAAGAAAGAGGUGUGCAGGCUGAUGUUACAGGACUGUGAGCAAUACUGAUGGGGAUUAUUAGUAUUGCUAAUAGUCAUUUGCGAUCUGUUAGAAGACCAGAUUUGCUGUCAGACAGCAUCUUUCAAUGCAGCCCAUUUUUGGCUUAAAUUCCACGUGACAGGAGAGCACAUGGCUGUUCCAGAGCAGCAGUUCCUUUGUGCCCAGGGCCAGCAAUGCUGCCUUCCCUGUUUUACACUGGGUCAUGUUGACACUUCCUGCUCUUAGCAAGUGAAUCACUGCAUCUCCAGAUGGCUCAACACAAUUGUUUCCUCUGCUUUGCUCUUCCCUCCCCUGCCCUGCACCAGGUGCUGGUAAGAGGCAGCACAAUAUUCCCUAAUUAUAAUGACUACAAAUUAUAUUUGGAACUACCUCCUCCUGCCAUUCAACUGUAUAAUACACUUAUUCAGAACUUAUUUAGACAUUAUAUUACUGGUGGGUUAUUGUUCAUUUGUGCUUCUGACUGCUGACCUACCCACUGAGAAAAGAACUGUCAAAGUGUAGAUGGGAGAUUUGCAUGUUUGAAUACUCCCAACCCCACAUGUAGAAAGCUAGCACAUCAUGGACACGGCUGGUCCCUGACAUUCUAGCUUUCUAUGUGUACAGAGGGUUUUUUAAUAAUGUGAGGAAGCAUUCAGUUAUGCAACUGCCCUCUCUCUCUCUCUCUCUCACACACACACACACACUCUCACACACAAAAUAUCACAAGGAGAAUGCUGCGUACAAUGCUGAAUGUUUUCAGUGCGUCUAAAACUAUGUAUUUAACAAGGUAGCUCAUCUCUGCUGAAUGAGCACUGAAAGGGCCGCUCACCAUCUGAAAUUCUUGCACCUGUAGGUGAUGCUCUACUAGGAAACCUAGGACAUCCCCUAGGCGGAUGGCAUUAUCGAGGUCUGGCUCACCCAAGAGCAACUCACAUUGCCUUGCUGCCUCCUUGGGGUCCUCUGAAUAAAGCCUAGGAAGGGAAACAUAUCAGACACUAAUUUCUGCAGGACAAAAGCAUUUGUUACCAUCACUUGUCUCUUAGUGGAAAAACCGUUUAAGGCCUUGCAUGUAUAUGUUAAGGGGAACGUAAGCUGAACAGUUAAUUACAUAAUAACUGGCCAUUGUGCACAUUCAUCAGGCUUCAUGGAGAAUGUGCACAUAAUCUUUCCAUGAAGAAAGAAUUGUGCACAAUUCCUGCUCAAUAUACAUGAUCUCCAGUCGGUACAUAGUCUCAAAAAAUGCCUCUCCCCCAUUUUUGGUUCUAGAAGAUUGGAGUCUAGCAGUCUAGAAGAUUGGAAACUUUGGGGUGCAUAACGAGUCUUUGGGGAACUUUGGUUUGAUAUGAGGAGUUAGGAAAACUCACCCCCUUAGUAAGAUUUGUAAGAGAGUGCCAUUGUUGGGGGAAAUGGUCACAAAACCACAUGGCAUCCUGUGCUCACCACAAGAACAGGAAACUAACACAGAUUGUCUGAAGAGUGUGGUAAAUGGAUUCUUAAGAUCAAGGCGAAUGUGAGCUUUACUCCCAUCUAUUGGUGUCAGUGAUGUACAAUUUGAAUAAUAAGUUUCUAGGUUUUCAUAUAUUACAUUCAAGAGGGUCUCCAGGAGGGUGAAGAGCCUGAGAUGUAUUAGAAGUUUAAGUGUGAUCUAGAUAGUUAAGUGUAAUCUAUUCCAUUUUAAUGAUAAAGGAAUUGGGUGAUAUAAGAUUUUAGUUUAAAUAUUUUAGAGGGGAGAUCAGAGAUUGUGGGUACUUGUAAAUAAAGCAUAAGCAAGAGACCUCAACAGAAGAGCAAUAUUAACUGUAACAUUUGAAAAUUGCAAGAAUGUCCUGUUGUUGCCCCUAGCAAGCUGAAAUGAAUGACAGGCUAUAAAAUGCCAAAACUAAAGAUAACAUAAGGUAUAGUUUAGAUAAAAUCAUUGAUACAAGGUUUAUAUGGAUAUAGAUUAUAGGUAAUCAUAAUAAUAAAAGAUAAAGCAUUAGAUAAGGCUUUAAUAAAGGAGGUCAUCUUCUCCCCUGAAAAUAAGUGAGAGAAGGUAAAAACCACAGGAUUCACCCCAAAAAGGGGAACAUUGGUGCAGUUUGGGAUAAACAAUCUAUGUAGAUGGGCAGAUCCUUCUUGGAAGAGGGGUAUGUUCUAAGGGGAGUAAGACCCAAUCAACGUUGGAAGAUUGUCAUAAAAUUAAUAGUUAAUUAGUAGGGCAGGUGUUUACUGGAAAUGGGGCAGGGGAAGAGUAUUUAAGUGGGAACUCAGGGGCAGCUCAGGGCCGUUAGCCUACUCUGAAACCCAGAGAUGUGUGUUGUCCAGUCGGGGAAAGAAGUGGUCCAAGGAUCCUUGAUGUCUUUUAGUGUUUGUGAGUAUUGUUUACUUUGCUUGCUAAGAGUGUGGAGAGUGUGUUUGCUUCUGUUUCC